AUGGCCUCGCUGAGGACCACCUACUUCGCAGCGGGCUGCCAGCAUGGCGGCGAGGCCUCCUGUGACCGCUGUGACUCGCUCCCCGCGGGCAAGAUCAAGUCCAAGGGCGAUGCAGGGGAAGCUCCUGGCUCGACGACUCGGCCGGACCGAUGGGCCAGCAGAUACGUGAGCGGCACGUUUACGCCCGACGACUCGUACCUCUCGAGCAGCACGAGCGGCUCGAGCGUCGCCUCUGCCAACGGCAAGGUCCCCUUUCGAGCCAGCACGGACCACAACCUCGGCCUCGGCAUGCCUUCUCGCAUCUCGCGCGAUCUGAGGUCCAGCUUCAGCAACCAGCCGCGCCCGACGCUCGACAGCCUGCCGGAGCGCGGCCGGUCGACGGAGCGGACGGCGUCGCAGUACCUCUCGACGCCUCCGUCGGCCGGGCCCUCCAAGGCCGCGCCCUCGCGCGACCGGUCGCCCAACGGCGGAGACUACCGCGCGCCGAUCCUGCAGGGCUCCGACGGCGCCCUCUCCAAGGUCUGCGGCAGCCUGGUCGAGCCGUCCGAGAGCCGCAACAAGUGGGCGUGCCACGACUGCAAGGCCGUCUUUGCGCGCGACACGACCAUCUACGCGCCUCCGAGCUCGGCGGCCGACCUCAGCCCGGACGGCGCCUACUUUUGCAAGCAGUGCUACAGCGCGCGGUACGGCCUGGGCAAAUGCAACGCGUGCCAGAGGGACGUCCUCGGCAGCACAAAGGAGGACGGCAAGUUUGUCAAGGCCAACGGCGGCCUCUGGCACGGCCGCUGCUGGAGGUGCGUCCACUGCGGCAAGGGCGCAAAGGACGGCGUCGAGGUGCUCGUCGGCAUGGACGGUAGGCCGUGCUGCGAAGGCUGCUUUGACAGACCAAAGCAGGCAAGGCGGCCGUCAUUCGACGCCAAGGCUGCGGAAAGGCCGGUUCCGUCGGCAUCCUCUCGCUCUCACGACGCCGACGUGCGCAGGCUCAGCCGGUACGGGGCCGCAGGCAAAGGCGCCAUGGGCGCAACCAUCGCCGAGCUGUCGAAAAAGUUCAACAGGGGCUGCUCAACAUCGACGGCGAUGCCGACGUCGCCGACGCUGCCCUCGAGUCCGACGAUGGCCUCGGACAUCUUCCGCCGGGGUUCCACCUCGACGGGCUCACUCGCCGAUGUCGCGCGGCCCCCCUCGCGAGGGACGCUGCCGUUCCCAGACCUCGUCUCGCGCUCGCCCACCCGCGGCAGCACCGGCAUGAGCCGCAGCGGCAGCAUCACCGGCAGCCCGCCCAAGCCUCGUCCGUUGACCGCCCAGUUCACGGGCGAUCUCAACCUCGCCGCCUUCCGCACGUCGUUCGGGCCCGGCUCGGACCCGGAGCGGGGCCACCUUAGCCGCAGCGACUCGCGCAGCCGCAGCUACAGCCCGACCAAGCGCACCCCGCUUGGGAGCGGUGGUGUCACGCCGGAGACGGGCUCACGCGGACGCUUCGACUCCUUCACCCGCGAUGGCGCGGGCCCGUCGACCACCUCGGCAAAGGUGCCCGGCAGCCCCAACGUGAGGGCGAGCUCCAGCCUCGGCGGUGCCGCUGCUGCUGCGCCGCGAUCUGCCGAAUUCGGGCGUGACCGCACCGCCAGCGGCUUUCCACGUCCGCUCAACACGCCCUUUUCCAAGGACAAGAGCACAAAGGAGCCUCUGCAGGGCGACAAGCACUCCGACGAGCCCGACUCGGAGCCGACUGUUGAGCCGACCGCCGCGGACCCGCCCGCGGCGGAUGCAGAGGUGCGAUGCGUCGUCUGCCAUCGGCUGCCCUUCGAGUCGUCUGCGACCGGGUCCGGGCCCGCGCAUGAGGUGGUCAUGAUCACGCUAGCAGGCGGCCAGCACCUGCACGCCGACUGCUUCACGUGCUGCGUCUGCGCGGCCAAGAUCGACGGCAGCCGGACCUUUACGCGCCUCGAGGGCCUGGACGGACAGUACCGCGAGCUCGCACCGGGGCUGGAACCGUUUGCGCACCCUCACUGCGCGCCCAGCGUCCGCCUCCAGCGCGUGGUCCGCGCGCUCGACGACCAGCCGGCCUCGCACGAAGGAAGGACGCUCAACCGCAAUUUGGACCCGGAAGCGUCGGUGCGGAACCACGUCACCCACCAGCGAGAACUGCGGCCGAGCCCGACGCCCUCGCCCGCCGCGACGCUGCGCAGUCCGUCUAGCUCCUCGUUCCCCGAGCGAGGCGAUCUGCCAUUUGCGCGCGGCACCAGCACGGCGCCGACGUCGACGUCGACCCGACCCACCGACGGCAGCGUUCGUCGCUUCCAGCCAUCGGCCGGCGCCGCCCCGCCGACACGCUCCACGAUCCUCUCGCGCUCGGCCACCGCUCCAACGAAUCCGGCAGCAGGCAUCUUUUCUCGCCAGCCCCAGCCGUCCACGUCUUCAUCUUCCGGCCCUUCGAACGGCCUGGCCGCCCUGCGCGGCGCCACAGGCUCGGGCUCGGGCACGACGGCCGCGGGCGGGCCGACGCGGCUGGGCGGGAUGCCGUCUUGCGCCUUUUGCGGCGAAAAGCUAUCGGCACUCGAGAGCGUGACGGGACCGCGCAGCACGGCGUGGCACCGCAACUGCCUCAUCUGCCGCGGCGCACCAAAGGCGGCGCCGUCGCCCCUGUUCGUGCGCAACCUCCGCGCCGCUGCGCCUUCGAUCUGCGGCAAGAAGCUCGACUCGGGCGCAAAGGUCAACCGCGACGGCGAAGUCAGGUGCCGCGACUGCUUUGACCGCGAGUGCUCCGCCUUCCGCGUGUCGGCUUAG